CUGAUGGGAGACUAGUAGUGUAUCCGAAAAGCCAACACUGGUAGUGUAAUCCCAUGGGCGAUCAGUGCGGCGUACGUGUAUUGCAUUCGGGUCAGUGGUUUUUGUAUUGACGAAAGUUCAGAUAUUGCGAUGGCCUACUCAUUCCAGGCCUACUCGUGUUCCUGCAGUCCCCUGUUUACCUAAUGACUAAACUGCUAUUGCAUGCGGCUGGCCAAAGUACAAGUUCAACGGCGAGCUCCCAGUCAAUGAUUGCCCGAAAUCCUUCCUAGCUUAAUUUCCCGAGUACCACGCGAUGGGACAUAAAUAGCGGAGGAGGCUUGUCUGCCGAAUCGCUUGAACUUUUCCUCCUCCAUCGAGUACGUGCACGGUCUUCACUCUUGAUAUUUAUACGACCAUCCACUGCGGCUAAUGCGUCAGGAAACUGUGGAAUAUAUAUUUAUGCCAUCCUGCAGGAUACCCGAUCCCACUAAUCAGAGGAUCUGCACUAGGGAACUCAGCGUGUGGGGCAAAAAUCUGCAUCAUUGGAAGAGGAUAGCAGAGAAACAGAGACAACCACUGUGGGUUUACGACAGGUGAGCAGUGCUUGUACAGAAAUUCGAAAUCAUGGAAGGGAGACUGCGGAGGAAUAGUAUGAUUGAGUUUUGCCUGCUGUCUUGCCUGAUAAUCGUGACAACAGGUCAAAUUACCCCUACUGCAAGCCCAACGAACACAUGUGCCAGUCAUCCAUGCGAGAACGGAGGGUCCUGCACUGCGUUUCCUAAUGCUUUCAUCUGCAGAUGUCCUGAGGAAUACAUCGGUCUCAGAUGUGAAACACAUUCCUCUCAACAAGGUCAGACAGCAUGCAUCAGUAACCCCUGCGUGCGGGGCGAGUGCGUCAGCACCGGCCUGCAGCAGUUCACCUGCAUGUGCCCAGCGCAGUGGCGGGGCAGCACCUGCAACAUUGACGUGGACGAGUGCACCAGCAAUCCCUGCCGUAAUGGCGGCACGUGCCAAAACCUGCCAGGGAAUUACAGUUGUGUCUGCCUCACGGGUUACGCUGGCCAAAACUGUGAACAAGAUGUGACAUGUCCAACCAAUGUGUGCAACAACAAUGGCACCUGUGUGGUUCAGAAUCAACAGCAAGUCUGCAUCUGCCCCGUUGGCUUCACUGGAACAACCUGUCAGGUUACAGAUGUGAUGUGUACAACCAAGGUGUGCAGCAACAAUGGCACCUGUGUGGUUCAGAAUCAACAGCAAGUCUGCAUCUGCCCCGUUGGCUUCACUGGACCAACCUGUCAGGUUACAGAAAGCUGUAGCCCUAAUCCAUGCAAGAAUGGCCACUGCGUUCUGUCCGACGAAGACCCCAAUGGCUAUGUGUGCCACUGCCAUGCCGGGUAUACGGCCAGAUUAUGUGAUCAGGUGCUACAUGUUGCAUGCUCCCAUGAUGGUGACACAUACUAUGAUGGUGAAGUUAGAAAUGACCGAUGCAACCAAUGUCACUGCCGUGGAGGUGAAUGGCUAUGCACAAAGAAAUUUUGUGGAUCCUUUAGUGUCAUGUUUGACUUUAUCGGCGAUUUCAGUACCAUUGUCCAAGGGCAGGAGGACAAAUUUAAAAGUUCAUUGAAAACUGACUUGGCAAGAGUGUUUUCUAUUCAAGAAAGCAUGAUCGCAAACCUUAUGGUUUCAGCCGGCAGUAUUCAUGUAGAGUUUGAACUGGUGGCUGUCGUUGAUUCACACCUGAACAUUGAAGACGUUGCAGCCCAAAUGCUUGCCAAGCUUGACUCUGGGACAUACUACUUCCGUUUUGAAGGAACUUCACUCUUUGUGGACGUGUCAUCGGUCCAACUGGAGAAAGUGGAACCACCAACCAAGGAUCCCAGUAACCCAGCAAUCAGUAAUGUGGUACUGGUGGUGGUGUGUGUCCUUGUCAGCCUGUUCUUAAUCAUAGCUGUCAUCAUCGGAACUGUUGUCAUAAUAGUUCAUCGCAGGCGCUCGGAGAAGACAGCUAUGGGGCAGUUCCGUGGACGAGAUCAAAAGGAAGAGUAUCCAAUGAACAACACCAACCACAUGCGACACCACAAUGACCUCUAUAGCUCCGUGCCCAAUGACAGUGGCAGCUUGGCCAGCAGGGGCAGCGGGGCUGGUGGCAACGACUUGAAGGACAUCAACAUUGCCAUGUUUGCCAAGGUCGCCGACCCAAAAGACAGCAAGUCUGGUCUUGACCACGUCUGACCUCCCCUCCUCCCCCACCACUCCAACGCUCAACCCCUCCCCCCAUCUGCCCCCCAUCCCCUUCCCCCCCACGGCCAGGCUGUGAUUGAUUAGCGAGAGUUGCGCCCCAUUUAGUGGAACAAGCUCCUGGGAGCUUUUCCAGAGAUGCCUCGGGGUUCACUCUCCAGACAUCUGUUUAUGCAUAACUCCAAGUCUGGAUGUUGAUCAUCAAAGCUCAAACAUGACUUUCACAUGAACAAGGUCUUUCAUCCUGGUAUCAGGUCAUUUCACUUAGAAACAGGCUACUACUUAAUAUUCAUCUUUACCAGUAAAUCUUCAUUGGUUUUAAAAAAUUAUCUAUUUGCUGCUGACAAAACAAGUUCACCAGGAUAACGUUACCACAGGGACAUUUGGAAAUUUAAGAGCAUUUACAUGUACAGUGUAACUCAUUUUGUGGGGAGGAGAAACCCAGGAUAUCCCUUUUUUGUGCCAACUAUAAGAUUUUCUUUACUUUCUUCAUCAUAACCUUGAAAUGUUUCAUUCCAUACACGUCGAUCAUUGAUUCGUCAGAGCUGUGCAAAAUUCUAGAAAUCAUAUGUACUGGGCAAAGCGAGGUGUCAUCCUCAACUGAAUAUCCGGUUUCAGUAAUUAGCCAAAAUUCGACAGGAAAAAGCAGUGUGUCCCAACUGUGUUAGUAGUUGAAUUCACACUACUCAGUAAGCCGCUUUGGUUCAUUCACAGCCCUUCUCUAACAACUUAAACCCCCCCCCCCAUCACUUCCCAUCAAGAGUUACCUUCACUGGGAGACACUUUCUGGGCUCCAGCUUCAAGUUCAAGUUGUUCCCAUAUUCUCCAACCCUGUGGUCAGGAUUUUUCCCUCCACAUGUCACAGACUGUCGAACUUCACACCCCCUACCCCCCUCACAGGGCUCUAAUAGGUGCCAUCAGUCAUGUGAUGACAGGAGAGGUCAUCAAAGGUCAUGACCAUCUGGUAGCCUUCACCCUCCAGAGAUUAGCCCUGUGCUGGGCUUUUUCCCAGCCCCAUCAGAUAUUUUUGUUUCAGUUCUAAGGGUCAUUAGUUGGUGUUUUUGUCCUCAUAACUGAUUUUUAUGGGGUGAGGGAUAGGCAAAUCCCACGGUGCCAUGCGGUAGCAAAGGCAUUUAAAGCUGGCAUUGUCUGUUUUAAUUUAUUCAUUAUUUAUUCAUAUUUUUAUUGCUGUCGGCCCACUGCUCUUUUUUCACAUAUGUUUUAGAGAGUGCCACAUGUUCUUGUUAACUUUCAAUGUAUUUCAUGUAUGUAAAUGGUGCAGUGUUAUUGUCUUGCACUUUAUAUGUGUGUAACGUUUUUUUUUUUCUGUGUUUACACAGCAAUAUUUAAAGGUGUUGAAAAUCUUUCUUCAACUAGUUCAAGGGCACACUGUAUGAUCCUGGACAGUGUGUCUGACCUCGCACUGGUCACCAUAUUCUAGCGAUGUAAUAUUUAUGUUUGCGAAGUGGAGUUCUUUAUGGAGAAAACGGAUGGUGGUGGUGCAUUGAACAAAGUCGCACGGCCCAAAGCAUUACCCGCCAAGAUUCAUUUACAGAGCAAUGAUGAUUUCCGUGCUCUUGAUAUCGUUUGGGCUGGUACCCCUGCUCUUAGCACAGGUUGACGAAAUCAUACACAUCAUUCAUGGUUAGAAUAUCAAAGAGCAGCAGUUGAAUUCCUUUCUCCAGUCCUCUGUUCACUACAUAUGUACCAAGGAAUAUUGUUGCAUGACAUUUCAGAUGUAUCAAGUGUUGGUUCAAGUCUAAUGCAGGCUCACAGAAAGGACUGAAGCUGCUUGGUGUUUUAGAUGACACGUCCAUGUUUUCCAUGUCUCGUUCAUUUGAUCUGCAUUCAUUCAACUGACUGUAAAUUUGUCUUCCAGUAAUUUCUUUUUCCAAGCAUUUGUGUAUUCAAAUUACUUCACCUGUCAAGUUUGAAUAGUUGAGGAUACAGAUUAUUUAAUUAUUCCUCUUUGGAAUUAAGUAUCAUUCCUGAAACCUCUUUGAAGUAAAGAAACCUCUUUGAAGGAAAUAAGGCUCCUUCAGCUUUGAUGUUGAAAGCUUACAGAAGGAAUGGCUAUUUCAAAACUAAAAAAUCCUGAAACCUGUGUAGAAAUCACAGGGUUGGGACAUAACCAGAGAGUAAGCAGAUGGCAGAAUUAAGAAAAAGGAUAAGUGGGAAUUUUGACAGUUUUCGAACCAAAGUGAGAAAUCAAUGCAGUCUUAGUACUGAGAUUCUUUAUAACAUGGUAAAAUGCGAGUUGUGAUUGUAUUCAGAAUGGUAACGGUAUUACAGGAAUGUAAUGACAUCAACAGGUAUCACCGUCAAAUCCAAUCUUUCCCUGAUCACAGUCAAGGAAUACUUACAUGUACUUUGUCUAGCAAUUGUUGAACACUUUGAUGUGGGACAUGGUGUUUUAUCACACUAGGAGGACACGUGGUAGUCUACAGCAUGGGUUGUCCUGUAUCAUUGAGGGAGCCAAAGGUGCAUGUCCCCCAUCUCAGCAGUUAACUAUUGUUUUAUUAUUUCAUGGCACACUGUAGUCAAAAAAAGCAGGUGGUGCGGCACAUUCUGUAGCAAGAAUAAUUGCCGUGUAAUCUUCAGUUACUGUGAGUGUUUCUAUGAGCUAACACGUUCUAGCUUCUACCGUACGAUACGCCCAUAAUAAUGAAAGCAAAUCAUCCACAAGGCAGCAUUUGGGUGAUGUCUAUGAGAGACAACAAUUGUGGUUUUACAGGCUUGGCAUGUGACUUUUCUUGACACAUGAAAUUACAGUAUCUGAGGCACAAGAUAAGAAAUUGUUUUUAAACUUUGACAAAUACACUGGGACUUCCAAGUUUAGGUCCUUGGCUUUUGGUUGUGACUUGGGUAGGCUGGUGUAAAAAGCACAUACCAGCAAGCGCUCUCACGGUAUAGGCUGUGAUAUCCCACCAAGGGAUUUCAGUGAAAGUGGUAGGGGAUAUCCCACCAAGGGAUUUCAGUGAAAGUGGUCGGGGUGGUGCAGCGUCUUAGUACCCGGAAGGUCAGAGAGGGAACUCUCGGCUACUGGUUUCAUAUUGGUAACAAUACCACUCUUUUAGAGUUCAAGCACUCCGUCAGUCAAGUCUGAUGGAAUUUGUUGUUCUGCUUUGCUUCAUCUAACAAGUAUUCUCCUUGUGAUGUAAACAGCUCGGUUAAAAAAAAAAAUUGAUUGGGGGAUCGGCAAGAGCCCUUAUCAAAGCCCCCGAGGGGAAGAGGGGGGUUUAGUGGGGCUUUGGUGUGGAAUGUAACAUUAUUGGUGGGUGUCUCACCCCAAUCCUGCAUGGGAAAAGACUGCACUACCCGAUGACGCCACGGUCCAACAAUUCAUCCCCAACCCGUAAUCCCCCUGUUUAGCAGGCCUACAUCCUGGUGGUAAUCACCGCCAGUGAAAGGGCACACCACCACUUUAACUCUCCUCUCAGUCUGGAGCAAAUGGAGUUAGGCGCUCCUCUGAUCCCUUCCCCUAUUAAGUGAUUCUGCCCUCGGGGAAGAAUGUGACAGGUAAACAUGGUUUUACUAAAUUGCUUGUCCAGAUGUCUUCUUUUUUUGAGAGAGAGACAUCUGCAGUUACUCGAAAAUGAAAGCAGUGAUUGAUCUACCUAAUUUGUUCUGUAUAAAGCAAGCCAUAAAUGUGCUUCAAAAGUUUGUAAAUCUGAGACUGCCUAUGUGUAUAUUUGGUCUGGCAUUUAUAUAUGUAACUCAGUGCUACAAUUUUAAUUGGUUACCAAUAUUAAAAGCAAGCAGUGCAUUGCAGAUG